CUGUACGAGCGGCCGAUUGUUCACUGAAUUGUACGUCACGAGCUAUUUAUAAAACAUAAAUAUACAUCAUGAGAUAUAACAAUUUAGGCGAUACUGAUCUUAAAGUUUCACACGUGAGUUUGGGAGGUGCAGCAUUCAGUAAUAUCUAUGGAGCAUUUGAUGAAACCCGAAGUAUAAAUUUAAUAAAAGAGUCACUGAGAUGUGGCGUCAAUUAUUUAGAAACGGGUCCUUGGUAUGGUCAAGGCAGUUCAGAGAGAACUAUUGGAAAGGCACUCAAAGAUGUACCUAGAGAUACGUACUUUAUAGGCAGUAAAGUGGGCCGUUAUGAAAAAAAUCCGGAGAAGAUGUUUGAUUUCUCCGCGGAGAAGACAGACGCAAGUGUGGACAACACUCUUCAACUGCUGGGCCUAGAUUACGUCGAUUUAAUACAGGUUCACGAUGUAACAUUUGCACCUGAUGACCAAGUAGUCCUGAAAGAGACACUACCAGCGCUGGAAAGGGCUCUGAAAGAUGGCAAGGCUCGAUACAUCGGUAUUGCAGAUUACGAUCUCGAUUUGAUGAAAGAAAUUGUUGAUGAGUCCGAAGUUAAAAUAUCAUCCAUUUUAUCUUAUGCAAAGUCAACACUUUUUGACAACAGACUUCAAAAUUACGCAACGUAUUUUAAGAGCAAGGGCAUUGGAGUGAUCAAUGCAGCCGCAACUGGAAUGGGUUUGCUGUCCAACAAAGGACCUCAGCCUUGGCACCCCGCCAGUGACGACAUAAAGGCUAUAUGCAGACGUGCAUCUGAUUACUGUAAGGAAAGAAAUGUAGAACUAGCGCGAAUAGCAACCUGGUUUACUUUGAAUCAACCGGACAUAGAUACGAACGUAUGUGGUUUCUUCAACGUAGACCAGUUAGCUAGUACUUUGGAAGUGAUGGACAAAGGACUAACAGAACUGGAGACUCAAGUUCUCAACGAUGUACAACUGAAGUACUUCGAUAAAGUAACUCUGCAUUGGGACGGCGUUGAACUUCCUUCUUAUAAAAAAGAAUUA